AAAUCAUUUCACAUUCAUACACAUCCAGUGUUCUUGAAAAUGAGUUCACUAACUUUCCCUUCUAACUUGAUCUCUAAUAAAAAAUUCCCAAUAAUUUUCCAAGAAAAAAGUUCCCAAUAUUUUUCUCUCCAUCCAAAAAUACAACUUCAUGACCAAAAAUAUGUUUCUAGUUUUAUCGAUUUAAACCAAGUUUCUUCUUUGAGUUAUAUAUCCAAAAGCAAAUGUCUAUUAUACCCUUUGAAAUGUAAUGCUAGAGAUAAUUCAGAAAAUACUCCAGAAGAAGGCGAAAGAGCUAUGGAAACAGUACAAAAACUUUAUAAUGCACUUAGAAAUAAAAAUCUUGUUGAAUUAUCUGAUAUAAUUGGAGAAGAAUGUAGAUGCAUUAGCAAUGUUGCCUCCUCCUUACAAACUUUCUAUGGCAAGGAGCAAGUAAUGGAUUUCUUCAAUUCAAUCAUAAAGAUCCUGAAGAAUAAUAACGUUGAGUUUGUCAUUAAACCCACUACAGAUGAUGGAACAACCGUUGAGGUUGUUUGGGAACUAGCAUGCAGUGACACUCAUAUUCCAGUUGGAAAAGGUUUUAGCAUCUAUACCUGCCAUCAUUACCAGGGCAAGAUGCUGAUAAGGAAUGUGGAGAUAUUCAUGGAGCCACUCCUUCAUAUUGAGCCAGUUAGAUUGAAAAUAUCAUCCUUCCUUUUGAGAGCAGUUCAAAAGAUGAGUCCAGAUCUUUUCAAAGGAAAGGAGAAACAGGCAAUGAGUAUCUUGUUUAUGGUUCUACUAAUUGCAGCUCUGUUGUACUUGAUCAAGAACUUUAGGAACUUUAUGUAAUUCACUAAAAACAUUAUAAUAAUUGAAGCAGCAAUUUUUGCUGCCAUCUAUGAAGAUUUAUCACAGAAGAAGCAACUCACAAUCGCUACGCUAUUAAUCAGCAGGACAUUUAGUUAUAUGACCCUUUUAAGAGGAGAUCGGUAAUAAAAUAGAGACACCUUAGUAUGGUUGCAUGUCCUUGUAAAAAUGGUCUAUCGG